UGUUUGUUUGUAGGGACCGCCAGAAGGCCAUCUGUGGGGCAGAGGGAGGCUUUGAGGCUCAGUCUAGAAUAUGAACUUUUCCAAGGCCCACCUCUUGGGAUCUUUCUGGCAUUCUUGCUUGAUGUCAGAUCAUCUGGCCUGUGGGGAGAUGAAAUUCCCAGCUAGGAGGCUCCAGCUCUGCCACUAAAGGACAGAGACCCCGCAUCCUGAAUGUGGUCUGUGUUGGAACACUGAAGCUGUUAGAAGAAUAUGUGGUGGCAUGGAAAACGGGUGUGAUGCCACACGCAAGGAAAACACCAGUUCAUAUGGAGAGACCACCAAGUCCCUGUGGCGCCUGGCUUCUCGGCUGCCUGCUCACUCUAGCCUUCCUCCAGCUGCCUGCUCAGGUGUCAGGGGAUGCUGACAAGUUCUACCUGGCUCCACUCGGGGGCACAGCCGAGCUGCCCUGCCCUCUCCUGCUCUGGCCAGGCAUGGUGCUCAGCGAGGUGAGGUGGCAACGGCCCGCACACCUGCCUGGCACCUCGAAGGCUGUCCACGUGCUCCGGGAUGGGCAGGACAGUGAUGAAGACCUGAUGCCGGAAUACAAAGGCAGGACGGAGCUGGUGAGAGAUGCCAAUAGCUACACUUUGCACAUCAGGAAUGUGAGGCUCGAGGACCGAGGGCCGUACCAAUGCCAGUUCCGGGUCGGAAACCAGAGUCGAGAGGGCAACGUGACCCUGCAAGUGGCAGUUUUAGGUUCUGACCCCUUCAUCCACGUGGAGGGCUAUGAUGCUGGGUGGAUCCAGCUGGCCUGCCAGUCAAUGGGAUGGUUCCCAAAGCCAUGGAUGGAGUGGAGAGACACUGAGGGCAGACUGCUCCUAUCUGUAUUGGAGAACCACUCCCUGGACGAAACUGGGCUAUUCCGAACAGCAGUAUUCAGCAGAGUCAGGGACAGUACUCCGGGAAAUGUGUCCUGUACUGUCCGCAACGAGUUCCUUGGCCAAGAGAAGAAAACAUUCAUGGUUAUUGGAGCCCCAGCUCCUACAAGUCUGUCCUCUCCAGAGGUGGCUCUCUCUGUGGUCUUGCCUAUCUUGGGACUCCUCAUCCUUCUUGGCAUUUGGGUCAUCUGUAAACAAAAAAGGUCAAAAGAGAAGCUCCUCUAUGAACAGGUGAUGGAGGUAGAGAAUCUUCUGGAAGACCAUGCCAAAGAAAAAGGAAGACUCCACAAAGCCCUCAAGAAACUCCGGAAGGAACUGAAGUUGAAAAGAGCGGCUGCCAACGCAGGCUGGAGAAGAGCCCGACUGCAUUUCGUGGUGGUGACCCUGGACCCUGACACAGCACAUCCCAAACUCAUCCUGUCUGAGGAUCGGAGAUGUGUGAGGCUUGGCGACAAGAAGCGGCCUGUCCCUGACCACCCGCAGAGGUUUGAUUUUGUUGUCAGCGUCCUCGGUUCUGAGUGCUUCACAACUGGCUGUCACUACUGGGAAGUGUACGUGGGCGAGAAGACCAAAUGGAUCCUUGGCGUGUGUAGUGAGUCCGUGAGCAGGAAAGGGAAGGUCACAGCCUCACCUGCCAAUGGCCACUGGCUUGUGCGACAGAGCCGCAGGAAUGAGUAUGAAGCUCUCACGUCCCCGCAGACCUACUUCCGGCUGAAAGAGUCCCCAAAGUGUGUGGGGGUUUUCUUGGACUACGAAGCAGGAGUUAUCUCCUUCUACAACGUGACUGACAAGUCCCACAUCUUUACAUUCACCCACAGUUUCUCCAGCCCCCUCCGCCCUUUCUUUGAACCUUGUCUUCAUGACGAGGGGAGGAACACAGCCCCUCUAAUCAUUUGUACUGAACUCCAGAAAUCAGAGGCAUCAAUUGUCACCAAACAAGAAGAAAAAAGUCAAGCUAAUGGAGAUGUGUCCCUGAAGGUGAAUCCAACCUUACUAUCUCCUCAAGGUUCCGAGCUUCUCCCAUUCAAUGAUACCUGGCCAUCUAACCUCAGCCCUGCUCUUCAGGGGUUCAAGGCUCCUUCUUUGUAGGGCUGUGCCCUGUGAUCCACUCACAUGAGCAUCUUCUAGCCUGGCACCCUGGACUCUGUCUCCUGGCCCAGCACCUGUUUCUCCGGUACCUCAUCUCUUUGACCCAAAUCCAGACCCUUCUGUGGUUUCUGUCUGUGCCGCCUUUCUCCCAGAGCUCAAUUCCGAACGCUGCCUUUUUCCCCUGGAGACUAGACAUUUCCAUUACCCUGGUGGGUGAUUCUUGAGAUGAACAAAGCUCACUUGGUAGAGGUUUAGUAGGAGACGUUGGCUGGAUCUCAGCAGCAUUCAGUGCAGGCUCAGGGGAAAAGACUCCGUACCUGAGGGAACCCCGAGAGGAACUUCUCACAGUGUCAGCCUUCUCAGUGGGUUUUCAGUUGUGAAGCUACAGCCCCAGACCCCAGACAUCUUCCAUUAAAGCCUGUUAAAGCCUGUUAUUCUCUUCCCCUCCCCCACCCCCAAGUUCAGGCCUCUAUCUCCCAAAGCCAGCUUUUCACAAGUGUAUGUCUUGUGAAUCACACAUCCUUCCUUCUUUGUUCAGGAGUGAAACCGAGGUGUCAAUACCCCACUGUUUUCUAUUUUCUUCAUGCUGUUUACAUCACAAUUGGGAGACAUCCAGAGUAUAUGUUUUCAACAGCUGGUCUGAAAUGGAGACAUCUAGAAUGUACAUGUUUUCAAACAUUGAUUGACCUACAUGAUGACCAGGAACCAUAAUCCCCAGAAAACCUCAACAUAGGAGCUGGUAGGCACAGCUGUAAACAAAGCAGCCAGCUGUGUGGCUUUGAGCAGAUGAGUCACUCGGCAGUCUGUGGCUCUGGCCCUCUGAAUACCUCACGAAGUUCAGAGAGGCCCAGGGAGAAAGAGUGGCAGUUUGAGCCGCUCACCUCAGUAUACCAACAAGUCUGUUGUUCUUCAAGACUUGACAAGAGCCUCUGGGUCAGAAAUUGCUGCUUUCAAGAAAGUUAUCUAUUCAAGAUAUCUUAUUGCUGGGUAUGGUGGUGCACAUCUUUAAUCCCAGCAGGUGGAUCUCUUUAAGUUUGAGACCAGCUUGGUCUACAGA